CCCCCUCGUUGCCUUUCUCUGAAGUCUGACCCUCUUCCUAUAAACAAAUCGGAACUUUAAAUCGGCUUUCCUUUCUCGUCAACUACUUGUUCCCCAUCUCAAUUUUAUAUUCACCCGACAAACCAAACGGAUAAUCCUUUUAGUAUUUCACAAUCGACUUAUUUGAAAGUAGUCCAGAAAGAUUGUGUUUUUAUUGAAUAUUGAUGGCGGCGAGUGCAAACCCUUCUGCAAACAACAACGGGUCAACCAGCAAUGGAAAUGGCGCCACCACCGUCAAUAACAGCGGUGGUGGCGCCGCCGUGCAGGAGAAUUCGGUGGUGGGUCCUACUCAAUCUGCUUUAAGGCACAACCCUGGUCUCGCGGUUGAAUGGGCUCCGGAUGAACAGUCCCUUUUGGAAGAGCUGCUCACUAAAUAUGCCUCAGAUAGUAGUUUAUUGCGUUAUGCAAAGAUAGCAAAGAAGUUACAAGAUAAAACAGUUCGGGAUGUAGCGCUUCGUUGUAGAUGGAUGUCGAAAAAGGAAAAUGGCAAGAGAAGAAAAGAGGAUAAUAAUUCGUCGAGGAAAAAUAAAGAUAAAAAGGAAAAAGUAACAGAGAAUUUGGUAAAGUCAUCUUCUCAUACUACAAACCGUCCUAAUGGCCCUCCGUAUGCCCAAUCAGCAGUUUCUAUGGACAGUGAUGAUGGUAUCUCUUACAAAGCCAUUGGGGGUACAGCUGGCCAGCUUCUUGAGCAAAAUGCUCAGGCCUUGGAUCAAAUUUCUGCAAAUUUUGCUGCUUUCAAGGUGCACGAGAACAUAAAUCUCUUCUGCCAGGCCCGAAAUAACAUUGUUGCAAUCUUGAACGACUUAAACGACAUGCCAGAGAUAAUGAAACAGAUGCCACCACUACCUGUGAAGAUUAAUGAGGAACUCACCAACUCCAUGCUUCCCCAUGCAUCUUUGCAGAAAAAAUCUUGAAUCUACUUUUGCUUCCUUGAUCUUUCUUGGCUUCUUUUGACUACUGUCAUCAGGUGCAGCAGCUGCUUUCACCUCAACUCUGGAGAUGAUGAUGAUGAUGAUGAUGCAUCAUGCAUGCUGUGUUUUGAGUUAUUUGUCGAAAUGUCUUGUGUAGAGUCCUUUUCUACUUAUUAGAUGUAUGUAAAUAUGUGUGUAGUUUGUGUCAAAUGUCAAAGGAAGGAUUCUCGGACUCUGUAAAGUAAAUUAUAUUCUAGGAUCGAAUCAAGUUGAUUCAAUGUUUCUUCUCUGUCCAACUCCAACCCAAUACAACCCAAACCAAAAUAAGGUUAACUUUAGAUUUAUAUUUUAUAUGUUGGAUGUCGGGAAUAUAUAUGUAUCCUUUCUUUC